AGAAUUGUGAUUAAAUUAUUUAUUAAUAUUUUCAGUAUUUUCUAAAAAUAAUUAUCAAUGCAACAAAGUGAAUAAGGAAAAUUGUGGUAAACUAUUCCUAAGGAUUUUGUGUAAUCUAAGGUCAAAUAUGAAGCAACAGUAACAAAACUAGGGAAACAGUAACAUUAAAGACAUCUUGUAGUUACUGAUAAGCAUAUAUUGUUAUUCAAAGUAAUUGAAACUAUAUUCAAAGCAAAAUGGAAAAUUUGCACAUAAAUUAUUACCUCUUGAUUUUUCAACUAGAUUUGAGAUGUUUCGAGAUGCUCCUAUUUUAAAGUCUAAUGCAUAAACAAAAAAAUCAACUCCAAAUACUCCUCAUUCUAAUCGAGUUGAUAUUGUUAAGCCAGAGGAUAUUUAAACUUUAGGAGAUAUCUUGCAUAUAAGAUUAUCAAUUGAAUCAUCUGAUAAAUACUGGGAUUUCACUAGUGAUCAAGAAACCUUGAAAACAUUUAGAAAACUAUUUGGUUAAAAAAUAAAUCAAAUGGGAUUUCAUCAUAUGUUUAAAGUGUUCAAAAAGAUUGGCAAAGGCAAUUUUGCAAGUGUGUAUUUAGCAGAGAGAAUAGAGGACGGCUAAUAGAUGGCAAUUAAAGCCUUUUCAAAAAGUGCUGUUUAUGCUGAAGAGAAUGGGAAAGUAAUAUUAUCCAUAUAAAAAUAAGGAAGGACUCAUCAAUGAAAUAACCAUAAUGAGAGAAUUGGAUCAUCCAAACAUCAUGAAACUUUAUGAAGUCUAUGAAACACAGAAUUCAUUAUACAUGGGUCUAGAAUUAUUAUAGGGAGGUUAACUCUAUGAUAUAAUCAAAAAGAAAGUGAUAUUAAACAAUAAAUAAAUACAAUCUAUAAUGAAGGGACUGCUAGAAGGAUUGGCACACAUGCAUUCCAAAAACAUAAUGCAUAGAGAUUUGAAACUCGAAAAUAUAUUGUUCAAAGAAUAAAAGUUAGUUUAAAUAUUAUUAUAAUAGUGACAUAAAUUCUGUAGUUAUAGCGGAUUUUGGUUUAGCAACAUUUGUGAAUCUUCCGGUCUACUUGUAUUGUAGAUGUGGAACACCUGGUUUUGUAGCACCAGAAGUCAUAAAUAUUACAGAUAUGUCAACUACAUAUGACAGCGUUUGUGAUAUCUACUCUUUAGGAUUGGUGUUCCAUAUACUUUUGACAGGGAAACCAGGAUUUCCAGGAAGAAGUUAUAACACUAUUGUUUAAUAAAAUAAGGAGGCCAAGGUUAAUUUUAAGAGUUCAGUCUUUGAAGUCGUACAACCAUAAGCCUUUGAAUUAUUAAAACAAAUGUUAGAACCUAAUCCCAAAAGUAGAAUUACUGCAAAAUAAGCUAUGAAAUUUGAAUACAUUAAAUUAUGUGAGGCAGUUCAAUUAAACAUCUCAUCUGAAGAAGAUGGCGACAUCGAGGAAGUCGAUGAUAAACCAGAAUUAAAUGCUAGAAUACAAUUAAUCAAUCAACAGUAAAAUCUCUAAAUCUAUAUUAGAGCUGUCAAGUUUGACAUGCUGAGAAUUAAUCAAUUGACUAACUCACCCUUAAAAUCUCCAGUUAUGUAAGCCACCAAUAAAAUGAAAGAAGGGCAAAAUAAAGAUUAACAAAUGAUCAUGAGAACUCCUGUUAUUACAGGUAGAAUUGUUGAAUGCGAAGGUUUAAGAAUGAAAUAACAAUAUAUUUAGACUCUCCCAAUAUGAACUAGUUUGUUUCACCAAGUGUUCAAUUCAAAAAACUCUAAGAGAAGUAAAAUACUUUCUUCAUAGUUAGUUAAUAAUAAGCUCCAACCGGAAAUGUUUUGUUAAAGUAUACUUAAAAACCAUAACAGCAGUAACAGAAAGACAACGAAGAUGAUAAAAAAGAAUAGUCUAAUAUUGCAAAAUCAGUAAAAGCUGCCCUUAGCAAACAUAUCUGA